UUGAUUUACCAGGCAAUUCCAAAGCUUCUAAACUAUAUUGUUUGUACAGUGAAAUAACUAAUAUGGAUACCGAAACGAUACAGGCCUACAUUUAUUUGUACUUGAUGAGUCUUCGAGAUAAUCCAUUUACUCCAUUCGACAGCAUAUCAGUUAAUGUUUCGGAACUUCUAAACGACGAUACAAUCAAAGGUUCAAUACGUUUGGACAACAUAAUGGUAAACGGAUUGGAUACGUUGAUUUUUAAUGACCUGGAGGACUCGAACAAAAAUAUCAAUGUUACACAGCCUGAUCCAAACGUAGAAAUAGUCGAUGUGCGCCUAGAUGUUGCUGCUGAAAAAAUAAGUGUAACAUUGGAAUACGAAAUAGACGUUGAUUGGAUGGGGUACAUUCCUAUUUACGGAAAGGGAACGUUUGAGUUACCAGCGUCAAAUCUUCACAUAGCUUUUACUUCUAAAGGAGAUAAGAGUAGAGUAUACGAUUUGAAGUUAAACUUGGAAUACAAUUAUGAAACGGUGAGCUUAACAGGAUUCUAUAAAAACCCCGAAGCAAGUGGUAUUGCUGCUAAAGUAUUAAAUAUUUUUAAUAUCUUACUUACAAUGUGGAAUUCCUACGAACCGGAGAAAGCCUCUUGUAUUUUAAGUCCGAUUUUCGAGUAUGCCGUAAACGAUUAUGUGAUGAAGAGUCCUGACAAUAAAUUCGUAUUCGAUCCAACUUGCUUGAAGGGCUCAACGAUGGAGAUUAUCUCGGAUUUAAUUCAAGUUUUAUCUAAAGACGUCGAUUCUCUUCAAUUACCCUGCAAAUAA